AUGGCACCUACACAAACAACGGACUCUGGGGAUCAGAAGAAGGCGGCUGCGAUGCCUUCUGAACAGAUCAGUGUACACGAUGGCUACUCGGAGAGUGUCAACACUUAUACUACGGCUCUGAAGCUAGCCGCAGCCCACGAAGGAGAUGAUAUAGACGCUGUCGCUGAAAAAAAGCUAGUCAGGAAGAUUGACUGGCUCCUGAUGCCCUUGAUGUGUGCAACCUACGCACUCCAAUACUAUGAUAAGGCAAUCAUCGGUCAUGCAGCCAUCUUUGGCUUGAGGGAAGACUUGGACCUGAUGGAGGGUCUUCGAUAUUCCAACACAACUCUCAUUUUCUACUGUGGCUUCAUUCUCGGUUGCUAUCCUAUCACCCUGCUGGGCCAGAAACUACCCACCGCCAAGGUCUGCGCGGCCAUCUGCUUCGUCUGGGGAGCUGUCGUUGCGUCGACGGUGGGAUGUUCCUCGUAUGAGGGAUUCAUGACGAAUCGUUUCUUUCUGGGGCUCAUCGAAUCCGGUGUCUCCCCUGUAUUCAUGCUCGUGACAUCGAAAUGGUAUACAAACGAAGAGCAGGUUCUCCGGUCUGGCUUCUGGUAUUCCUGCAGCGGCGGUGUUAAUCUGAUCUCUCCACUCAUCAACUAUGGGCUCGGCAGCAUUCAUGGACAUCUUGCCGGCUGGAAAGUCAUGUACCUAUUCGCCGGUCUCUUCACCGUUGCUUGGUCCUUCGUCAUCUGGGCCUUCUUCCCUGAUUCGCCGGCUACAGCAAAACAUCUCAGUGAGGAGGAACGUGCAUUGGCCAUUCUUCGGCUUCGGAGGAACAACACUGGCUUUGAGAAUACGAAGCUGUCACCUCGGCAAAUCUGGGACACAUUGAAAAGCUACCAGUUCUGGUCUGUUUUCAUCCUCUCCAUGCUAUGCAGCACAGCGAGCGGUGCUUCCAACACAUUUGCAUCUCUGGUUUUUAAAGGCAUGGGCUUCAAUGUCUUCCAUACUCUGCUACUCAACGUCCCUCUAGGCGCCAUGGCAUUCAUCACAAUUAUCGGUUCAGGAUGGCUAGGGCGUCGAUUCCAGAACAUGAGACACCGCAUCUAUAGUGUUGCAUGUAUCCCUGUCAUCAUCGGGUGUUGUCUCUUAUGGAAAUUGCCUCGUGAAAACACAGGGGGAAGAAUUGCAGGCGUCUACCUCGUCACGUUCUUUGGUUCGUGCUAUGUCCAGGUUAUCGCCUUUGGAACAUGCAACUUUGCUGGAUACACCAAAAAGACAGUGGUGGCAGCUGGGAUCUUUGUGGCUUGGUGUCUUGGGAACAUCAUCGGACCGCUGCUCUUUAGCGCGAAAUACGCCCCGGGGUACAAUCAGUCUUUCACUGGUAUCAUGAUCUGCUUCGCUAUCGCUGUUGGUGUCUGUGAAGCGACAAGAUUCAUGCUAGCACGUGAGAAUGCACAAAGGGACGCCAAUUAUGGCCGCCCCGGUGUUAGCCAUGGCCUUGAAGAUAUCACGGAGAAGGAAAACAAAGACUUUAGGUACCAGCUGUAG